AAAAAAAGUAAGCGUUUUACUUCCUCUUGGUCCGUGUGGACUGAUGAAAAGUAGGAAAUCUGUUUCUGGCGAGAGGGUUUAAAAUCAUUUUCCCAAACAGCACCAAGAGGAGCCAUCACAGAAGUAUGAAGAGGGGCGGUGCGACCACAGCUGCCGCCACCGUGCUGCUGGGCUGCGGGGAGCCUGGGCCACAGGACCCGCAUCUGGAGGAGCCUCAGGGGUACAGCCCAGAGCGCGGGUGCUGCUGAGCUGAGUCGCAGGGAGCAGCUGGCUGGGUGAGCAAGCAGCCAGGAGGGGAGCCCAGCUACUACUGCAGUCAGGAGCGGGGGAGGGACCUGGAAGCAACACCCGCAGCGGCAGCAGCAGCACCAUCACCAGCACCACCAGGAAGGGUGUUAGGAGUGGAUAAAUGAUGUGCACUGCCCUGAGCCCCAAGGUUCGCAGCGGACCUGGCCUGUCUGAUAUGCAUCAGUACAGCCAGUGGCUGGCCAGCAGACACGAAGCUAAUUUGCUGCCGAUGAAGGAAGACUUGGCCUUGUGGUUAACCAAUCUAUUAGGGAAAGAGAUAACAGCAGAAACCUUCAUGGAGAAGUUGGAUAAUGGUGCCUUGCUCUGUCAGCUUGCAGCAACUGUGCAGGAGAAAUUCAAAGAGAGCAUGGAUGCCAACAAGCCUGCCAAGACCCUACCACUGAAGAAGAUUCCUUGCAAAGCCAGUGCACCCUCGGGCUCCUUUUUUGCCCGAGACAACACAGCCAAUUUCCUAUCCUGGUGCCGAGAUUUGGGAGUUGAUGAAACAUGUCUUUUUGAAUCUGAAGGCCUGGUUCUGCAUAAGCAGCCCCGAGAAGUGUGUCUCUGCUUGCUAGAGCUUGGUCGGAUUGCAGCCAGGUAUGGUGUGGAGCCUCCUGGUCUGAUAAAGCUGGAAAAAGAAAUUGAACAAGAAGAGACGCUUUCAGCCCCAUCUCCUUCGCCUUCUCCUUCAUCAAAGUCUUCAGGAAAGAAGAGUACUGGAAACUUACUGGAUGACGCGGUAAAAAGAAUCUCUGAAGAUCCUCCCUGCAAGUGCCCAACCAAGUUCUGUGUGGAGCGGCUCUCUCAAGGUCGAUACCGAGUGGGAGAGAAGAUCCUCUUCAUCAGGAUGCUGCACAACAAGCAUGUGAUGGUCCGUGUGGGAGGAGGCUGGGAGACCUUCGCAGGCUAUCUGCUCAAGCAUGACCCCUGCCGCAUGCUGCAGAUCUCCCGUGUGGACGGCAAGACAUCCCCUGUCCAGAGCAAAUCCCCAACCCUGAAGGACAUGAACCCCGAUAAUUACCUGGUGGUCUCUGCCACCUACAAGGCUAAGAAGGAGAUUAAAUGAAACCGACAUCUGAAAGAGGACUCAUGCAAUGGCCUGUGUCCAUUCUUCAGUGUAGUCAAUGUAGUUCACAUGCUCUGAAAAACCACACAUCAGACAGGAAAAUACUCAAAUGGUAGCACUAUUUAUUUUUAAUGCAUCUGUAGAACUUGCCUAUGGAGAAAAAUUCUGAACUCAAUGAAAUCAGACAAACUGUAAGCAAAUCAUUAUUUCUCAAUAUGUGAACAUAGUAUUUAGAACAAACCUUGUUAGGAACUAAGUACAAUCAUUGAAGGUGAUCAUGACUAAGAGACUGUAUUUUCAUAUAUGGGUAGGGCAACAGAAAGUGCCUGCUGUAUGUCUAUGAGCUAAAGCACCCCAGAAACUUUUAUAAUGGCGGGGAUUUUAUACCUAUUUUUUACAAAGCAACAAUGUGAUAAUGUGCUACUAAAAUAUGUCUGAGAGCAAUAUAUAGUACAGAGUUUUCUCAGCCAUAAUACUUAACUGGAAAGGCCACUUCAGAGAUGUUUACAUUGACUUGGAAGAUUGCCUUAAAAUCCAUCUCUGAUCCCUGACCAAACCAACCGCUGGGGUACUUGGAUGUUGCCUGUGCAGCCCCUUAGGAAAAGCAGGUACCUUUUACACACAGAGAAGCUGUGUUUAGGAUGAUCACUUAGUGAAAUACACAUACCUAAGCUAGCAUUCAUUCACAUUCUGAUGUGUGGACUGCACAGUCAAAUUCAUCAACCUUGUGAUUUUGUUUAUUUCAAGCAUUUUCUUAUUAAAAUUAUGUAUCUUUAGUUAGUCCUAUUUUGCUAUGCUGUCUCAUGAAGUAAAAUUCAUGUAGUGAAUUAUGUUGCAGACUUGUAUACCCAGGACAGAUCUGUUUUGUAUCAAUAAACAACAAGAUAUUGUCCAUACUGAUUUAAAAAUUAAAAACAAAAAGUUAAAAAAAAAAUCAAAAAACAAAAAAACCACACAUUACCUGUCUCUGUAUCAGUGCUUCACUCUUAAAUAAAGUUAAUCUUCAAAACUACUAA